AUGAGUGAGGAAAAAAUAUCGAUCCUUCCUCCAAUCUAUCUUCUCAGAUGGGCACCGACCAGUUUGGCCGACAGGAUCAUCGACGACCUGCGAGUAUGGGACGUCCUCAGGUUGAUAUGUCACGACGAGCCCAAAAUCAACGCCCAUAUUAUGUCUCAUCCAGUCUGCAGCAACAUGUUUGGUGCCGACAAAGAGAGUCUGAUCAAGUGGAAAUUUGCUGCCGACUUCUACAAAGAGAUAUUUACAGUAGCGAAAAAGCCAAUGGUCGCACCAACCAAUAUUGGAAAAAACCUCCUGGGCUUAAAUAUUCACUUUGUCCAGCCGGAAGACUACUCAGAGAUUUGGGAUUAUACCCGAGAUCGCAUUCAUGAUGAAAUCGCUCUUCAUUGGCGCAAGGCAGACUUGACCCGGUUCGGUGCUGAAGAUCAUUCCUCUUUGCAUACGGAUCAACCUCGGUCACUGAAGGCUUACCAGUCUUUUGAAGAGUUGAAGAAUUGUUGGGAGGAUAUCCAGAAAGCAAAAGCCAAGUCAUUCCAUUUGAGAUCCGAGGAGCUCUAUUGGACUGCCGAUAUGUUGGAAGCGAAUUCGGAUAUACUGAAACGUACUCUGGACCCGGAACAAGCACACCGACCGAAUACCGCCCAUAUCUUGUCGAGGAUGCGGCAGAGUGCAGAUAAAAUCCUGCGAACUCCGGCCUCGAAGUUCGCGGCUACUGAACAUUUCCGAUAUGACUUCCUUGGGAUCAUUCCAUUUGACUCGGCCUUGGACGAACUGUUGGGUAUGAUGCAAAAGCAUGGUUUGAUGGAAGGCGAUGGCAGCAUAGCGAAUGACACGGCGAUUUCGACCGGUGCAGCUUCGCAUCCAUCUUCCGUUAUCAAUUCAGUUCAAAGUGUCAUUGAUGGAAUGCCGAAGGUUUAUAUCUUGCCCAUAGGUUGGCCCGAAGUGCGAUCCGAUCCCGAGCAUCUGAAUGCAGCUCUCAAAGAUGGUGAUCUUCUUCGAACGGCAAAUACUCCAUGGUCUGACCAAUUUCCUGGAGAUGGCGCGGUUUCUUUCCAUGGACCUCAUUUCACAACGCCCAAGUAUGGUACUCAUCGCAGCUUCUGGCGGCCUAAAUCUCUUCUUUUGGAUCCUCAUCCUAAUACGGAAAAAGCAUGGCUUGUGGCUUUCGUCGAGGUUUAUCGGUACCUGCAGAAUCUAGAUAGUUAG